UUGGAAGUUUAUGACCGAAUGCCCCACCGCUUGCAUUCCAGCUGGAUGCUCAUUCGGUGUAAACUGUAACUAAUAACUAGCAGUAAUCGCAGAUUAAAUAAUAAAUGUUAUUUUUUUUCCGUGGUAAAAGGUCUACGAGUUUUACACCGUAAUUUUGUAUUUUCAUAAUUAUUUUAUAAAUUAGUGAGGCUAAUUAUUGUUAUUCAUACAAUAUGUUUCAUACUUUAUAUUUAAAAUAUUUAUUUAGAUAUUACUUAAUAAUAUAAAUUUUAUAAUAUAAAAGUUGUGCCAUUUAUUUUUAAGAACAUAACAAUAGCCACCAAGUACUAACAUGUUUAAAUUAUAUCAUAGUAGUAGUUCAAAACGUAUAUUGAACUCUACAGUAAAAACUCUAAAAUAUAGUACACCUAUUUUUAAAACAUUAAAAACUGAUCAAACUUUAAAUGAAAGCAUUACUAAUUAUAAGCCAAUAUUUCAAACAUCAAACAUGCCAAUUUUUAUUUGUUUGAAUAAAUUGAAAACCAUACAAACGAUAUCUAAUAUUAUUAUUCUACCAAUAACAUAUGGCUUAAAAGUAUUUGAUUUAUUAAACUUUACAGAAGUUAUGUAUUUGUCAUUAAUAGGUAUUGGAUUAACAGCUGGUUUGUACACUUCUAGCUGGAUUCUUUCAGAUUACUUGGUAGUAUUUGUUUAUAUUUCCGAUGACGAGAAGAAAUGUAGAAUGUCAUACAUUUCAUUUUGGGGUGCCCGCAAAGAAUUAUAUUGCAAUGUUGAUGAUAUACAACCUAUUCAGUGUUCAAAAUUAGAUAUAUUCAAUAACAAAGUAAAAAUAAAAAAUAAUAAUAAAACUUUUAAAAUUGUUUUACCAAAUUCUACUAUAAUGAAUAAUGCAAAGCUUAGAAUAUUAUUUGGUGAUGAGGUUAUUUAAUUUAAUUAAUAUUUUAAAUUGCUUUUUGUCGUUUUAUUGAAAACAAAUAGAUGUGUUUUAAUCUUUUAUUUGCUGUUAUUUAAUGAUAUUAUAAAUUAAAGAAUGUUUAAUGAUCAAUAAUAGAUUUAAUACAAAUUAUUUUUGAUUA